AUGGAGUAUACCACUACUACACCUACUCUCAAAUCACCAGAUCCGACAACCGUCAAGAUGCCUAAGAUCGUCCGCCUCACCAUGUUCAAGAUCCCCGACCAGGACAUGGUCAAAGAAGCCAUCCAAAUGUACAACACUCUCGCCCAAGACGCGAAAAAGGACGGCAAGACGUACAUCCAGCUUGCACAAGCCAAUGCCACCUAUGACGACCCGCGUAGCCAGGGCUACACGAUGCUGGCGCGUUGCAUAUUCGAGUCUAAGGAGGAUAUGGACUACUACGACAACCAGGAUGAGGCACAUGCUAAGAUCAAGGCGCACUUUAAGCCGAAGGUCAACUCGCCGCCGCUCGUCCUCUACUCGGAUAUGGCAUAG